CGCAAUUCAUAACAGAUUUUCUACUAGUUGACAAGGAUGUCCCAGUAGAUCGGUUAGCUGCAGAUGACGCAGCAACUGCGAUCAACACCCCAUUCUGGGUAUUGAAAGAAUUUUGGUAUGCAUCACUAUGAUAUUCGUUUUAAACAUUAAAUAAUCCAGAAUUAAGAAGAUACAAAUAUAAAUUUGUUAUUGGUUUUGUUGAAGAAUAGUCCAGUCGAUUUACAUAUUUUCACCACCCUGUAGUUUAGAUGCCACUGCUAUAAAUAUUGGCCUAAUAAUCGGGCUAAUGUCUCGCAUCUAUAUGAUUCGCCCCUAUUUAAUGUACGACACGUUGGUACUGAUAGCAUUGCCGACAGGAUAAAACAAUUUAUUAAUGAUGAUCACAGAAAAUUAUAUUAUUAUUAUAAAUAUUGCUUUCUGUGAACACUCGGCGAAAAAAUUUCAACAAUUAUCCUCUAUGUAUUUAUUCCAAACAUAAUUGUACAAGUUUUACAACUUUGUUUUUUCAGCUGAAGAAAUGUAUGUCUGAUUUGUGUGGGUACUGUAUACUGAAUCCUCCAAGACUGCAAGAUGAUCUCUUUGAAGGUCUUCAUUUCCUCCCAGACCCAGUCGUAGAAAAUGGGGAAUACAAAGCAUUUGCGGACGUGCAUGGCACAGAAACUGAUGACACGGCCAGACCAAGUGCAAGGGCACAAGAACCAGCAUCAGAGAGGGACAAAACAUUAAAAAAACUUCUGGUUGCAACCAAAGUGAGAAACUUUGCUAUCUGCAGAGAGUGUGGCAAGUGGCGUGUGGUUUACAGUCCCAAAAAGCUUUCCCCUGCUGAAGGGAGGUCUGUAAUGCGGGUACAGGAAGAACUUGUGUAUGCAUGCGGAAAUCCAUUAUUUCAUGCUGGUGUGUACCAUAAUACCAUCAUUGUUAAGGAGGGAAUCAACUGUAAUUCUUUGAUGGAGUCUGCUUAUUAUGCAGGAAAAAGGAUGCAGUUUGUCGAUGUUUGCUUUCACUGUUGGGAUACGGAGCUGGCUGAAAACGAAGACCUCACACACACAAAAGAAGGGUUUGGCAUAGUUUGUCCGAUUUGCCAGACCUGUCUUGAGCAAGGAAAACCGGUGAAGACCAGGAAUGCAUUGAAAGUGAAAAAAAGGAAUUGACUACUACAUACAUUUGUUACAACAUAUGUAUGCAAGUGCUUGAAGCCUGUAAUAUAGGCAACUGUCAGAUAAAAUCGCAAUCUGUAACGUCUGAUGAUGAAAAUGAUGACAAUCCAAUGGCAGCUGAAAAUGUAAAUGAACACGUAAUCUCGGAACAUGAUGAUGACAUACCGAUUGUAGAAUCAUGCAACACAUUAGCGACUGGCUGCGAUUGUACUGCUAUGUGCUUGGACCCUAUUGACCGUGAAGCUGCCCAAGCCCAUAUUGACAAUAUAAGGCAGUAUACCAAGGACGAAAAAGACCUAUAUAUAAUGGGAGCAUUAAACCGGAUUAAUUCAUAUAAAAAACGAAGCCGGUAUGGUGACUGUCAGCGUACGCGAUACAACUAUAAGUAUAAUGAGGGUAAUGUUGUAUGCAAGAAAACAUUCAUGUGUGUGUAUGACAUUGGCCCAAAGAACCUCUUAAAACAUGUAAACAAGAAUGGAAAUGUUCCCCGUCAUUAUGGAAACCAAGACCGGCGGCCCAUUCAUGCAUUAACUUUUCAAGAAAUUGAAAAUGAAUCAUUUUUAAAGAAUGUUGCAGUUGAGUUAGGACUGCCUAUGCCUGCAGCACCCAGAGAGGGAGCCAAGGACGCCCCAGUUUUCCUCCACAGCUAUACCAAAAAGAUGAAAAUGCAUAAUUUAUAUGAGAAGUCAUGCAUUGAAGCAACCACAAGAUGUAUUUAAUAUAGGACAUUCUGCAGAUUGUUGCAUGGCUUUGUCUGUACAUGAAGGUUAAGUAGUACUAUGCAUAUAAAUCACAUUUAAAUUUAA